AUGUCUCUCCAAACCCCCCGCAUUCUCCCGUCCCACCUCCACGCCUUCAACCCCGCCACCUCCAGCUCGCGCUCCGCACCACCAGUGCGCCUCCUCGGAACGGUAUCUGCGCUGCGCGGCGACACAGCCACAAUCACCUGCGGAUCCCACGGCGAGGCUACGCUUAUUCUGAAGCCCGAUUCGCAUUUGCAGAUGGGGAAGCUUGUUGAGGUUGUUGGGAAGGUUGCGGAGGUGGAGGGUGGUCAGGGUCUUGGAAUUCGGGUCCUUGCAACGACGGAUUGGGGGAAUCCUGCCUCUUGCGAUUAUAAAAUCUACGAGAAAGUUGUCGAUGUGACACAUAAGCUGAAGCCCAUCUUUUACGAUUCGGCUGAGUAG